AUGUCUCGCCCUGGUACCACGCUGUACGUCACAGGCUUCGGCCAUGGUACUCGAGCUCGCGACCUUGCCUACGAAUUCGAACGCUACGGGCGACUUGUUCGAUGUGAUAUCCCUGCACCACGGACUCCUUCCAGCCGCUUGUUUGCAUUUGUGGAGUACGAAAGCCGUCGUGAUGCAGAUGACGCAUACCACGAGAUGCACAACAAACGGAUUGGUCGCGAUGAUCUAUUAAAGAUUGAGUGGGCUAGGACUCCCCCUUCUGCUUCCUGGCGCUUUGACUCUGGUCGCGACCGCCGCCGGGACCGUACUCCUCCACGCCGUGGCCGCUCUCCUUCUCCUCGUCGUGCUCGUGGGGAGUACUCGCCGCGUAGAGACGACAGGUACGAUCGUGACUAUGACAGACACGACCGUGAUUAUGAACGACGUGACCGAGACUAUGAUCGCCGGGACCGUGACUAUGAUCGCCGGGACCGUGACCGCUCUCGAGACCGAUCCCGCAGCCCUGACGAUAGGGAUCGUGACGUGAAGGAAGAUCGAGAAAGACGGGAUGACGAGCGCGAGAGGCGUGACGAUGAGCGUGAGAAUGGGCCCAAUGGCGAAGAUAGAAAGGUUCCGUUAGAGCCCUUGACGUCUGCUCACGAUGAGCUUGAUACUGCUGAGUAGAUCCUCUGCCACGAAAGUAUAAAUGCUUAAUUUCAUUACCUGCCGAGUUUACGCGGGAGCCGGUGGUACACUGACAUCUUAACAUCAAGCAUGGAAUCCCCCCUCCUUUUUUGGAAGAUGGACCGGCACUUAGCGUAAAGUCUGUUCUUAUCCGUCUCCUCGCUAUUGCCGCGUCCUUUCUCUGUUCUGUUUCAUUCAAUUCGU